AUGGAUAACAUGGUCGUCCAGUGGUUUGUCAUCGUCAUGGGUCUUCACUUCGUUUUUGGCAAAUGCGACAAUUUCUGGCGGACGAUGAUCACAAGCGUCAUCUUCGUCCUCCCGCAGAUCGUCGGCGUGCCACUUGUACUCUCGUACGACACGUAUUUCUUCGAGCUCGCCGGGUUCGCGGCAACGAAGGCAUUCGACCUUAGCAUCGGCAUUACUGCUCUUGGCAUCUUCGGCAACUUCGUCACGUUCUACACAGUGAACCACCUCGGCCGACGGACACUCUUCAACUGGGGUACCUACGGCUUCGCAGUCAUAUGUCUCCUCAUUGGCUUCCUGACGAUACCCAAGACGCAAAGCGCACGUUGGGCCGUCGCUGUCUUUACUGUACUCUGGAACUUCGUUGGCCCAAUCGGAUACGUCAUCCUCGCCGAAGCCCCCUCCGAGAAGCUCCGCACAAAGACGAUCGGCAUGGCCAACGUCUCCCAGGCUCUCGCUGGUCUGCUCUCGGGCAUCAUCACGCCCUACCUGAUCAAUCCAGACGAGGGCAACCUCGGCGGAUACGCCGGCUUCUUCUACGGCGGGCUCACUGUCUUCGCGUCUGUCUGGGUAUGGUAG